AUGACCAAUGGACGAUGGCAUCAAAAUCCCAUGACUCGUUCUCAGAAGAUGGAUAUUAAUAAAUUCUUAAUUGAUGCUGCGACAAAAAAUAAACUUCCGAUCACGUACCAGCGGGCUGAUAAAAAAUGUGGCAACGUGACUUUCGAUCACAGACUUUAUUUUCGCGCUAUUUGUGACCGAGAUGGCGCCACUCCGUGUUGCUAUAACAACCAGUGUGUGAACAGAACAGUAGAACAAUGCCGCUGUCCGAACUGUUAUGAUUUGAGGGACGUCAUCACACCGGAAUAUGCUGAUUGGAUCCCAACCGAUCCUCGGUGUGCAGUGAAGAAAAUUGAUUAUAAAGAUGCGUGUGAACUACUUUCCGGUUACACUUUGACUUUCCUGGGGGAUUCCAUAAUCAGACAAAUAUAUACCGCCUUUCUUAUCUACAUCCGAAAUAAUUAUAUAGAUGGCGCUAUCCAAUCUACGAGAAGAGAUAUCCAAUAUAAUUGUUUGAGGUACAGAAUGUUUGGUGAAGAUUUAUGCAGAACAAACCUGGACCGUAAUGCCAAGGCUUGCGACGGAAAACUCCAGUUGAGGUACCAAAGAAUAGCAGAUAAAAGCAAGAACCAUAAACAAGUCAUGUUAGACGUCAUGAAAAUAAUUCCACACGAAAAAUCGCUGCUAAUUUUCGGGAGUGGUGGGGGAAUCUCGGACUUUAAUCCCGGCCAUCACAUUGAGACUUUUCUCAAACCGGUAAUGGAUUUGUAUAAAUCGUUGAAGAAGCCGUACCGUUUACUCUGGAUCCAGCCAUCCUAUUUUAAUAUUAUUAAAAAACCUUUCCAUCGUCAGACCAACGACCACGUUCAGAGCUAUAUCGACGGUGUUGUACCUUAUUUGAAAUCCCAAGGAGUUCCGAUAAUGAAUUUUAGAGACAUAACAAAGGGAAUCUUAAGUCACGACGGACUACACUCGUCUCUAGGCAUGAAUUUGUGGAAAUCUCAUAUCUUGAUGAAUUAUAUACAAGAGUUAUACAACAAAAGAGAAUGGUGGAAACCUAUACCUAACCGGCGGUGGAACGGAACAGUGAAAACCUAUACCAAGCCGGCGUAUAAAAAGAGAAAAUUAAAUACUAUCAUAGACAUUAUUAUAGAAAUCAUCCAGGUUCAUUAUUAUAGUCAAACACAGACAUUUGUGGUCAUCCGUCAAAACAUAAACACAACUAGUGUAUUAUAUCUUACAGGCGACAUGAAUUGGAAGGUGCUGGCUGGUGUUUUAUUGGUAUUGUACGUGACUGUUACUACUACCAAGGAAAUAAGAGACACUGCCUCUAACAUCCAACAUGGUUUAUCAUUAGCUAAAGAAAUUGGUGACUUUGUUGUGGCCAAAAAUUUCACGAAUGUCAUUGGAAAGCUGGCUACCGCUGUAACACCUUUUCUUGGGAUAGUUGGGCCCUUCGUUUCCUUCAUCAUGGGAUUUUUCAGACAGCCUGAAUCAGCCGAACUUAAAGCCAUUAAACGUCUGUACACAGAAGUUGACAAUCGAUUCGAUAAAGUUGAUUUGCAAUUUAUUGAAGUGAAACAACUGAUUGAUUGGAGUAAAAUACAAAUACAGUAUUCUGAUAUUGAGCAAAAAAUUAAUGCUGCUAACGGAGUAUUCGAAUGUAUCUACAAAUUUUCCACUGGAGCUUUAAAUAUCACUACUUCUGCCUUCGUUACAAACUUCGAUAAUGAUUAUCAAAACAGCGGAAUAAAACUCUAUGACGGCAUCAUGAAUGAAGGACGGAGAUGA